AUGAAUUACGGAGAAACUGAAGUAUCACACAAUACUACGCAGCACGAGAAGAUCAGUUGGGUCGUGGAUAAUGAAGUAGUUAUUGAAACCUCUGUGCACCACGAAGGUACAAAAGAGAAAACGAUUUUAUCGUUACCAGAUGCAUCCAUACUAGACAAUGAAGAGAAAACACCUCAAAAAAUAAAAGACGGCGGCGGCGGCGGUAUUGAAAAUUCAAUGAUUCUUCACAACGGCAAGGAACAAUAUUAUCAGAGCCGAAAAGAUGUGGCCAAACGAAUAGCUCUUCGAGCGAAAUAUUUAGAAGACAAUACAGGGUAUGGUGAUGAAGAGGAGGACAUCUAUUCCAGCAGCCAUUCAACAGCAGAAAAUACUGCUCUUAUUGCUGAGAUGCCGCAUGUUACAAAACAGCCAUCGUUUCAAGUUCCAACUACGUCGAACGCGUCGAAGAUUAUUCUCAUCAGAAAUGUAAACAAUCGAACUGUCCCUAUUUUAUUGGCAAAACAAACCCAACCGGCGUCAACCAUAUUCACCCAACCGCCGAUUCGCACAAUUGCUCUAUCCAGUCCUCUCUCCACAAAUCAAAAAAUAAACUCACCUGAUAUUGAUUAUUCGUAUGAGAAACUCAAAACUGAAUUAACCGAAAAAAUCAAUCAGAACAAGCGUAAAAAAAUGGAAAACAUUGAUCCGUUGAUAUUGGAGCAUGUUAAAAAUUUACAACGUACAACGUAUUUGAAACGUCGUCAACUGAUCAAAGCACAUCAGUCUUUAUCGUUGGAAGAUAAAGUAAAACUUUACCCAGAAUUGCUUAGUGAAGCAACGGUAUGA